AUGGCCUUCAGCUCUGGAUUCUCGAAGAUGGCAUCAAUCUUCACCCUCAUCUUUGGCUUGCUGGUGUGUCUGGGCGCCGCUUCUCCCACAGAGGUCCUGGCACCCAUCGUCACCGAGGACUCUGUCGGUGGGCGCAUGAGAACCAGGAAGCGCGACGAAACCGGCUCCACUGCAGGUAAAGCGACACUGUACAACGCAUGCCCGUUCACCGUCUACAGCACCAUUGUCCACGGCACUGGAGCCGGCGACACGGGCGCACUGGAAGAGGUGUACCAAACUCUCGAGCCCGAGGAGAGCGUCUCGCACUCCUUCGAGCAUGACGCUGAGGUGGGCGUCAGCUGGAAGAUCUGGCGCGAAGACACGGACAACACGUCGCCCGUGCAAUUCGAAUACACGUGGAUCCAAGGGUCCAAGCGCACUUGGUACGACCUCAGCAUGAUCGAUGCUGGUGAGGCAGAGUGGUUGGAGGAUUCUGAUGAAGAAAUCGUGGCCGACGAGGGCGGCUAUGAGGAUUAUACCGGUGACAUUGCGAUCAAGUACUCGUUCCAGGAGUACGGGAUGACUCUGAUCCCGCAGGUUGAUGGCAAGGAGGUCGCCGAUGGCAACUGUCUUAGCGUCAAGUGUGCGGCUGAUGAGGAAUUUUGUACCGCCGCGUACAACACCUCGGAUGAUUGGGGCCAACAACAUGAUUGCGAGGAUAGUGUUGACCUGAAGCUGGUCUUGUGUGGUUGA